AUGAAGAAAUCUCAAACUGAAAGACUAAUUAACGUCUCAAAAACAAAGCGCAGAGUCCUGGCUGCUAUCGUUUAUCUACAGCACGGGUGGCUGGCGAAAAUCAUGCAACCAGACUUUGCUGACAAAGGUGCCCAAAACAGGGACGCUGGCCACCUCCGGCUCCGCGCUGCUAGACCACAAGAGUCUCCUCUGCCCAGCGUGACAAUAGCAGGUGAACUUGGAGGUGGAGGGGGAAAGCCCCAUUCACUCCACUCCCUCCUUCGGGGUUGUGGGGGGUGGGGUGAGAGCAGACCCGCAGAAAGUGGAAUCCAUAGUCAGGGAGGGGCAUCCUCAGAUCAUCUUGGAAAGGGGGGAAGGAUAACAAUGAUGGAUCACCAGUACCCUUCUUGGAUCUUUGUCAAUGAGAGGACAUUCAUAACCAGGGAGCAACUUAAUUCUUUACUGGAGGCUUAUAAUGUUUUCUAUGAAAACCAGAAAAAUCUGCAUAUUUUGUAUGGACAGACUGAAGAUGGACAACUGAUUGUUGAAGGGAUGCUGGACAUUUUCUGGGGAGUAAAACGACCCAUUCAGCUAAAAAUACAAGAUGAGAAGCAAAUCUCUUCUUUUGAUCUGUUGAAGUCAACGGAAACAUUUUCCAGCAAAGGGGGGAUGACUCGAUGGGGAGAGUUUGAUGACCUUUAUCGUAUCAGUGAGCUGGACAGGAGCCAAGUUUUGCUGUCUGAAGGAAGGCAUUCCUCAGAAGACUAUUUAUCUUAUCACAGCACUCUGAAGCCAUAUGCAGAUGAGGAGCCAUCAUCCCCACUGCUCUAUAGGACCAUGAGUGAGGCAGCUUUGGUAAGAAAAAGAAUGAAGGCUCCAGUGACGUACAGAAAAGACAGGCAGGACCAUAGAGCCUCUAUCAACGGACACUUCUACAACCAUGAGACAUCUAUUUUCACUCCAACCUUUGGAUCAGAAACUAAGGUCAGAACAAAUAGUAACAUGAGAACUGAAGAAGUAAUAAAGCAACUUCUCCAAAAAUUUAAGAUUGAGAAUAGCCCACAGGAUUUUGCUCUUUACAUUAUUUUUGGAACAGGAGAGCAGAGAAAGCUAAAGAAGACUGACAUCCCACUGCUGCAGAGGCUUCUACAAGGACCAUCCAACAGUAAUGCUCGGAUCUUCCUCAUGGAUAAAGAUACAGAAGAAAUUAGCAGUGAUGUGGCGCAGUACAUUAAUUUUCAGUUUUCCUUCUUGGAAUCCAUUCUUCAAAGAUUAGAUGAAGAAGAGAAAAGAGAGACUGAAAGAAUAAUGGCGAAAUUCAAUACCGAAAGGGCCUUUAUCCUGAAGUGUCUUCAGAGUAAACAGGCAGCAAAAACAGAGACCACAGUCUAG